AUGUGGAGCAACUUGACUGGCACCAAGGCUAUGACCGACUACAGCCCUACUAUCUUCAAAACUGCGGGACUUUCUGGCUCUUCGGUCAGUCAGUUCGCUACCGGCAUCUAUGGUAUUGUGAGGUUUAUUGCCUGCGUUUUCUUUUUGACCGACUCUUUGGACCGGAGGAAGGGACCUUUGUGUACUGGAAUUGUUCAGGGUCUAGCAUUGUAUCUCGUGGGGUUUUAUAUUCUAUUCGAUCCACCUGUGGAAGUAAGCAAUCUAGAUCCUGCUGGGAAUACCCGCUGCGCGCAUGCGAACUCUGCAAAUGGGGAGGCUACAGCUAAGCAGUGGUUAUCCAAUUUGUUGCCGCAACGGCCACGCCCAGCAUGGCUGUCUCUGGAGGAUUUGAAUGAACUCUUUGCCCAGAAUGAUAUCCGGGCAAGAUUUACACCCUCCCGCUUGACUAUCAUUGAAGCCGAUCAAGAUUGA